UUUAAUCAUAUUUAGAAAUCUUUCAAAUGUUUUAUACAUUCAAAAAAAAUAACAAUCAAACAAAAUGAAAAUGCAGAGUAGCUAAUUAUAUUUCUAUAUAAAGCAAAAGAAGCAAAUGCGUAAUGCUGAAAGUCCAAAAACGUUGACUAUGGGGAUAAGAGAAAUCGAAAUUGCCGGCCAAACGUUGACAAUACACGAACUCGACGAUCUCUGCGACACUAUUACCGGCCGCCCAUUCACCGGCUCAUGGCUUUGGGACUCGGCGUUGGUCCUCUCUCAGUGGCUCGUCACUUCUCAGCUAGAUUUCAAAGGUAAGUCCGUACUCGAGCUUGGCGCCGGCACCGGUCUUCCCGGCUUGACGGCUGCUCGUCUUGGUGCUAGCCUGGUUGUCCUAACUGACAUUGCUCCAUUACAAAAUGAAAAUGCAGAGUAGCUAAUUAUAUUUCUAUAUAAAGCAAAAGAAGCAAAUGCGUAAUGCUGAAAGUCCAAAAACGUUGACUAUGGGGAUAAGAGAAAUCGAAAUUGCAGGCCAAACGUUGACAAUACACGAACUCGACGAUCUCUGCGACACUAUUACCGGCCGCCCAUUCACCGGCUCAUGGCUUUGGGACUCGGCGUUGGUCCUCUCUCAGUGGCUCGUCACUUCUCAGCUAGAUUUCAAAGGUAAGUCCGUACUCGAGCUUGGCGCCGGCACCGGUCUUCCCGGCUUGACGGCUGCUCGUCUUGGUGCUAGCCUGGUUGUCCUAACUGACAUUGCUCCAUUACUUCCCGGCUUGUUAAAGAAUGUUGAGGUGAACGUGUUGGCGAACCGAGUCAUGGUGAGGGAGCUAGCGUGGGGAUCGGAGGAGUUACUGAGUCAAAUAUCAGAGUUGGGCGAGUUCGACGUCAUUUUGAUGAGCGACUUAUUUUUCGAUCCGGAAGAAAUGAGCAAUUUGGGAAAUACAUUGAAGAGAGUGAGUGGGGGAAGGAGUAAAGUAUGGGCGGCGAGUGAAGUGAGAACUUGGACCGGUGAGUGUCUAAACCAGUUGGUGAGUCAAGGUUUUGGAGUAGUAGAGUUUCCGAGUCAACUCGGUGGUGGUGAACAGGAUGUUUUUGCAGUGUACCACCUCAUCCCACCGACCGGGGAGAGUUGCCAAGUGGAUGACAUAAUGAUUUAAGUUAACAUAAAAAAGAAAAAUGUGGGCUCCCAGUCCCACCCACCAAGUUUUUAAGCAUAGUAUCUGAUUCUGAAGUGUUUCUUUCUGACAAUCAAAUCGUUUUAUUCCACUCCAAAAAUAUGUUUUUUCCUUUCUAAUGGCAUUAAAAAUAAACACUAAAAAAUGUCAGGCACACUUGUAAAUAUGUAUUCCCUCCCCUUCAAAGAUACUUUGUCAUAUUUU